ACAUCAUUUGUCCAUGACACGUAUCUACAUGCUGUUGUAUACAAAGAGACAGAAGACAAUGAAGAUUUAGAACAGGUUUUCAGACAAUAUUCCUCACAGCAUCUAUAUUCAUCUCCACAUAGUGAUGAAUCAUCAGUAAAAGGGCAUUUUCCAUUCAUACCACAAGUCAUCGAAUUGAGAGAAUUCUAUAUAUUUUUCAAAGUAUUAUAA